AUGACGCCAUCACCACCACCCUCCAUCUGGCCCUCACCCACAUUUCCUCAUUUCAGAGAAAACAAAACUGAUAUCUCUCACUCAUUGUGUGAGUUCAGGAAAAUGGCAGAGGCCAGUAUUUCAGUAGAUCAGGACCAGUUCAGCUGUCCAGUCUGUCUGGAUCUCCUGAAGGAUCCGGUGACUCUCCCCUGUGGUCACAGUUUCUGUAAGGUGUGUGUUAAUGGCUGCUGGGAUCAGGAGGAUCAGAAGGGCGUCUACAGCUGUCCUCAGUGCAGAGACACCUUCACUCCAAGGCCUGUCCUAUGCAGAAACAACAUCCUGGCUGAAGUGGUGGAGAAACUGAAGAAGACUGAACUCCAAGCUGCUCCUGCUCACUGUUACGCUGGACCUGGAGAUGUGGAGUGUGAUUUCUGCACCGGGAGAAAGCGCAAAGCCAUCAAGUCCUGUCUGAUGUGUUUGACUUCAUUUUGUGAAAUUCAUCUGAAACCUCACCUAGAACGUCCUGCUUUGAAAAAACACAAAUUAACUGAAGCCUCUGCAAAACUACAAGAGAAGAUCUGCUCUCAGCAUAACAAGCUGAUUGAGAUCUACUGUCGUACUGAUCAAAUCUGCAUCUGUUAUUUGUGUACAAUGGAUAAUCACAAAGGUCACGACACCGUCACAGCCACAGCAGAAAGAGCUGAAAAACAGCUUUCCACUAGAUUUUGGAGCGUGGCUGUGGGGAUUUGUGUUCAUUCAGCUACAAGAGCAUUAGUAAGGUCAGGCGCUGAUGUUGGGUGAGGAGGUCUGGGGUGCAGUCGGUUUUCCAGUUCAUCCCAAAGGUGUUCAGUGGGGUCGAGGUCAGGGCUCUGUGCAGGACACUCGAGUUCUUCCACUCCAACCUUCACACACCAUGUCUUCAGAAAGAGGUGAGAAUGAGAAAGCUUUACAAAAUUAAAUCAUCUUAAUUAUAUUUUCCCAUCUAGAAACAGGUGCUUUAGACAGUUAUAUGAUUUAAAAUGUUAAUUUCAAUUUGUGUAUCAAUUCAAUUCAAUAAAAUUUUAUUUGUAUAGCGCUUUUAACAGCUUCACAGAAAUAAAUGGAUUCAAAAAUAUAUUGUAAAUAUGUGAAUUUAUCCUAAUGAGCAAGCCAGAGGCAACAGGGGCAAGGAAAAACUCCCUGAGACAAUAUGAGGAAGAAACCUUGAGAGGAACCAGGCUCAAAAGGGACCCCAUCCUCAUCUGGGUGCAACGGAUAGUGCAAUUAUAAAUAAAUCCCUUCUAUUAUUCUGUAGUAUAUGGACAAAUAGUGCAAAUGUGCAACCAGUAAAUUCAUCAGUUUUCGCAAGAAGUCCAGUUGGUUAAAAUCUAUCCACUCUCCAUUGAUGGAGUCCUGAGUUUGAAGGUGCUCAUGGCAACUGCAGCCCCAAAGCCACCACAGCAAUCGCAGUCCCAAGCCAUCACAGUACAACUGCCCAUAUGAGAACCCCAAACCAUCUCCCCAGCCCCCAGGUGGAACCAUCCCAUUCAGAAGGAUUCUGUAAAAGCUUAUUAAAAUUGUAUGUGUUCUGGUUAACAGAGUGUUAAAUUUAUCCUCAGUGAUAACUGUAAUCUGUAUUCAACAAAAUCCCUCCACAUGGUAAGAGGAGCUGUUCCUGCUGGAGAAACACAAUGAUGGACAUCUUUACUCACUCUGUGAAGUGUUAUUUCUUGCU